UUUUAAGUUUCGUCCAAUGAAGAAACUGAGGGAGGGACAGGGAGGCGGGCUAGUGACGUAAUGCAGAUUGAUUGGCAUUGAGACCAUCGAAGUCCUGGGUUAGCCACGAGUUUCGCCAAUCCAGAGGCAGGGGUGGGACGGUGCAGGCGCAGAGAAUUGGUUUGACUGGCUUCGAUUUAAAGCGAUAGAAGCUGUCGGAGUCCUAGAAGACGGUCCCCAAUACUUUCCCCCCAAGUCCCAGGGACCACUUGGGUCCCAAGAAUUGGGGAGAUGGUUUGCGGAGGCUUUGCCUGUUCCAAGAACGCGCUGUGCGCUCUCAACGUGGUCUACAUGCUGGUGGGCUUAUUGCUCAUUGGAGUGGCUGCUUGGGGCAAAGGUCUGGGUCUGGUGUCCAGCAUUCACAUCAUUGGAGGAGUCAUUGCUGUUGGAGUCUUCCUUCUCCUCAUUGCAGUGGCUGGACUGGUGGGUGCUGUUAACCACCACCAAGUCCUGCUAUUCUUUUACAUGAUCAUUCUUGGUUUGGUCUUUAUCUUCCAGUUUGGAAUUUCUUGCUCAUGUCUGGCCAUUAAUCGAAGCAAACAGACAGAUGUCAUCAAUGCCUCUUGGUGGGUCUUGAGCAACAACACCCGGCAUGAACUGGAAAGAAGCUUUGACUGUUGUGGCUUAUUCAACCUCACAACCCUGUACCUACAAGAUGACACUUCCUGCAAUGCAAUGUGCAAGAACAGGAAUUCUGCGUGCCAGAUGUGUGGAGAAAAGUUUCUUAAACAUUCAGAUGAAGCCCUGAAAAUCCUAGGGGGUGUUGGACUUUUCUUUAGCUUUACAGAGAUUCUUGGUGUUUGGCUAGCAAUGAGAUUUCGGAAUCAAAAAGAUCCUCGAGCCAACCCUAGUGCCUUUCUAUGAGACUUUGGAUUCCUCCCCAUCCCAUCAGAUAGGGUCUUGUAGCCCAGGCUGGACUUGAACUUGCUUUAGCUGAGGAUGACCUAGCGUUCCUGAUCCUCCUGCCUCAGCCUCCCACUGCUGGGAUUACAGAUGUGUGUCACCUGACUUGGCUUUGAUCUCUCCCAGCUUUUUAUAACACCCUUAAUUUCUGAAAACCUAAGACCUUUACCCCCUUGUUUUUUUCGAAAGGUCUUUUGCCACAUAACUGAUCAACUGAACAGUUAUAUGUAUUACGCCUUUACAUAUUUUGACAGGAGUAAGAUUACAGGGAAAAGAAACCCACCCGCCUCUCCCUAAGAGAAUAUGGUACAUUCCUAGUACAAAUCAACACAGUAUUAGGGAAAAGCAGAAAAACAAUUUUUUUGUUGGUGGUGAUAUGGCCCAGUCUCACACAUGGCCAGGCACGUUACUUCUACCGCACUACAUUCCCAGCCCCACCCGAAAUUCCUGUAAAGGCAGGACCCAGAGUGAAGGUCAGUGAAUAUAAAAAACAAAAGCCAUUUAAACCACAUAUUCAAAGAGACUUUAAAGAUCUUUCCAAUCUUUGUCAAAGAACCUUAAUGCCAGAGCUAGAGAUAGCUCAGCAAUUAGGAGCAUGGCCUGUUCUUUUUAGAGGACCCUGGUUCAGGUUCCAGCAUCUACAUUGCCAUUCACCACAGACUGUCUUUAACUCCAGUUAUAGGGGAUCUGAUGCCCUCUUGUCCUCCUUGGGUACCAGGCAUGAACAUGGCGUGUGCACACGUACACACAUACACACACAGAAAACACACACCCAUAAAAUAAUAAAAAUAUUGAAGAACAAAACAAAACUCUGCUGCCUGCCUUGGUCUUAUGUAAUUUAGGGAGAGUGUCUUUAAGGUUUCAGGGAAGAUCCUUCUUAAUGGUGGUUUCUUAAAUCUGCCAAUGGUAAAGCCAAUGAGACAAAUAUUAAAGGAAAGAAAAGACCAGA